AUGAAUUAUACAUUUUAUUCAUCAAAUAUACUAACAAUUGUUAUUAUAUUUAAUUCAAAUUUUGAUAAAGAAGAAAAAACACAGCAAUUAAUUGAUCGUUUUAAAAAGUAUUAUUCAAAUAAACAAUGGUCAAAGAUUUAUUGGUUGUCAUCGCCAAUAUUUACUACAAUGAAAGAUUUAAAUAAAUCUAAGAGAAAACGUUAUGCUGAACGAUUAAAAAAACAAUUUUCUCAAAUAUUUGAGGAAAUUGAACAAAAAUUAAAAGAAAAAUAUUUAAAAUUUCGUUCAUGUUUUUCAAUACAAGAACUUUAUUUAGAUCUCAUAAAUCAAAAACCUAAUGGUAAACAUACAAAAAUAAAAUGUAAACCUAUUAAAUUUAAUAUUGAAAAUAAAUUGGAAGAAUUAUUUGAAUCAAUAACAGAUGUAACAGAAAAUUUAAAAAUAAUAACACCAACAAGUUAUUAUCGUUCUGAAAUUGAUACAAUAAAAAAAAGAAAAUUACUAGAUAUCAUGAAUGAUUCAAAAACAAUAGAGAAAUUAGAUCAACGUUUAAAAGAAUUAGAAUUAGAAAAAAAAAAAAAAAGUGGUUUAACGAAAUAUUCAUCAUUUAUGAUUGAUUUAUUAAAUAAUUAUACUUAUAUUGAUUUUUUAAUAGCAGAUCUUUAUUUAGAAAAAUGGCGAUUAAAAUAUGUACCUAGAAUUAAAGAAGAAAAAGAGAAAAUUAAAUUAGAAAAAACUUUACAUGAAAAAAAAUUAAUUGAAAAUGAAAAUAAAUCAAUAUCUGCUAGUCAUCAAAUAAUUGAUCAAAAAGUUUUCAAUGAAUUAAAAAUAUUACGUGAACAAGAUGAAAAAUUAAAGGAACAAUUAUUAGAAAUCGAUAAAAAAUCAGCUAAUGUUGAUUUAACAAUUGGUUUAUUAUGUAAUGAAUUAUUUGCAUUAUAUGAUUAUUUUCAUGAUGAGCAACCAUUAAUGUUAGAUAAAUAUCAUGAAGAAUUUGUUAAAAUAGCGAAAGUUAUUGCGAAAUUGAUAUAUAAAGGUUUUUCUAUACACAUAUUAAGAUCCAGACCAUUAAUUUGUCAAUCACAUUUAUUGAGAAUGUCAUUAGAAAAUUUACAUAUUAACGAGAAUAAUCAAUUAGUUAUUUUAACUGUUGUUGGUGAACAAUCAUCUGCCAAAUCAUCAUUGUUAAAUUCAACAUUUGGUUGUAAUUUUCGUGUUAGUGCUGGACGUUGUACCAUAGGAAUGCAUUUAGGUAUCUUUCUUUUAAACUAUAAGAAUUCAUUAUAG